AUGCACCCCAUCCCACUAAUAUUCCGACAAUCCUUCGUCCGCUCAUCCGCAAAUCUCGCCCGAAGCACCACCAUCACCACACCAGGCAGAACAUCCGCUACUAAAUCCAUAACUACCUCCGCAACAAAUAAUAUCCGCAGACUGCCAAUUACAUUCUUCCCACCAGGCUCCAGACUAUGGCGCACCUCGCGAAACAACAUCGACAACAAUGAUAAUAUUAACACCAAUGGGUUCACAUCCGCGACUGUGUCUUCGUCUGCGUCGAUAUGUUUGCGCUGUCAAUUCCGGGGUCGAUAUUACUCCAUACAGGGGGGCGGGAAGGGGGUUGAUGGACUAGAAAGGGAGGCGCGGGAUGUUUCUUCCACGGAAAGGAAUGGCGAAGCUAGGUCGAGUUCAAGUUCGGCACCUGGGGGGAAAGGAGGUUUGGAGACUGGUUCGGGGAAUGAGUUGAACGUACCGCAAGAGCAUCAGCAGCGACAUGGGAAAGGUAGGAAAGGCAAGGAAGAAGAGGAGGAGGAGGAGGAGGAGGAGGAUGGGAAUGGAAAUGGGAAUAAUUGGCGUCUACCGUCACAAGUUGAAAAGCGUAGAUCAGACAUCUCUAAACAAUUUACUCGGUUGAUGGAUAAUAUACAGUCGAACAUCUUCAUUGCAGGACAGCGACUCAAUGAUUUAACGGGGUAUUCAGGCAUUGAGAAGCUGAAGCAGGAUAUUUUGUCUCAGGUCUACUCCUCCGCCAUAAACCGCCGCUCUGCCUCACAGCGCGAAGUCAACGAGCUCCUGCAACGCAAGCACGCCUGGACCCCAACCGACCUGGAGCGCUUUACCUCCCUCUACCGCUCAGAUCAUGCGAACGAGCGAGCAGAGACGGACGCGCAGGAGGCGCUGGUGGUAGCCGAGCGGGAGGCGGAGGAAGCCGCUGCGGUGCUUAGCAAGAGCAUCCUAUCCCGGUACCACGAGGAGCAGAUCUGGUCCGACAAGAUCCGCCGCAUGAGUACGUGGGGCACGUGGGGGUUGAUGGGGGUUAAUGUGCUUCUGUUUCUCAUCUUCCAGGUUGCGGUGGAGCCGUGGCGGAGGCGGAGGUUGGUGAAGGGGUUUGAGGAGAAGGUUAUGGAGGCGUUGGAGAAGGAGAAUGGGUUGAAGCAGGGGCCGGGCGUUGAAAGUAUUCCUGCUUCUGCUUCUGCUUCUGCUUCUGCCACUGAUGCUGCUGGUGCUGUUGCUGCGAUGCAGAUCGCACAGUCAUCCGCUGUCUCCACACCCGUAUCCACGCUCGUAUCCGUCUUGGAUGAAACUCAACCCGGACCAUCAGAAGCUAGCCUUGCCAUUGAGCCGGAGGUUCUCGAUUCAAUUGGCUUAGCUCCCUCUAUCCACACGCACCCCACCGAGCCGCUAUCGCCAUCAUCAAACCCACCUACAACCACCACUCCUCCGUUCUCCCCCGACAUCACGCUCUCUCCGGAUUUCUGGGCUCAGACGAUCCAUGACCUCUUUAGUGAACGGCGUAUCACGCUUUCGCAGCGGGAGCUGACGACGGUAGCGCUUCAGAGCGCUGCGGCCGGUGCAGCGAUGAUGGGUGUGUUGAUUGCGAUAUUUAGGCCGCGGUAG